AUGCUUAAAGAGAACGAGAUCAUAUCCAAGACCCUUUUAACAAUAGAUAAGUUUAAAGGAAGUGUGGAGACUUUCAAAGCAUCUAUAACUGGUGGGGAAUAUACCAGUUUGAAUAUGCCAAAUUGUUUUACAAGAACUUUGGUUUGGAAAGUUUGUUUAAUAACUGAAAGUCUCAAUCUUAGCUUGAUAAAUCAAAAACUUAGGGAUUCUAGAUUAGUAUAUCAUCUGUUGAUUCAUAAUAAGGAAAUGAAAAUACCGUGGCAUGAAUUAGAUCCUGAAAGUGCUUAUUACCAACCUGUCAAUACAAUCAAAAGAAACGUAUCGUCAAAACAUAAAUCAUCAGCAAGAGGUAGGAAGAAUACCCUUGAUAGAGUUCAAAUACAGCAUGAUCCCCUUUCUGAAGAUAGUAGUACUACUCCUCAAGUAGAGGAAACCCAUGAUGAUCAUGAAUUAUUAGUAGCAAUAAUUUUAGAUGUUGAUAGAUUACUACCAGGAGAUCCUUUUUACCAAGAGUUCACUAAUAAAAAACAAUUAGUUGAGAUUUUAUAUAUUUGGUCAAAAUGUAAUCCACAGGUAGGAUAUAAACAAGGACUACAUGAAAUUAUUGGCCUUAUAUUUAUGCAUCUUGCUAAAGAAUCAGCAAUUAUACCUCAAACAAAUACGUUUUCCAGUGAUGACUUGAAAAUUUUAAACCUUUAUGAUUUUAAUUAUUUAUCUCAUGAUGUAUUUACGAUUUUUAAUAGAUUUAUGAUUCAAAGUGGCAUUAUUACCAAUUUUUAUGAAAGUGAACAAAGUUUAUGGAAUUCAAUUGAAAGAUUUAACAUGUAUUUAAUGAAAAUUGAUCAAUUUAUUCAUUAUACAUUAAAUACUAAACUAAAAUUAGAAGCACAAUUAUGGAUAAUUAGAUAUUUACGAUUGCUUUUAUCAAGAGAGUUAGGUGAAGAUGUAGAAACAACAAUGUUAUUAUGGGAUAAAUUAAUAGCUUCACAAUUAUCAACUGAUCAUCUGGGAUCAAAUUUAACUGCAAUUCCAGAAUUAUUAAAUUUUAUAAUCAUUCAGUUGUUAAUGCAAAAGAAAUCAGAUAUAAUUUCAAGUGAUUUUAGUGAAUGUUUAACGCUAUUAUUACAUUAUCCAAUUAAUUUCACUAAUGAUGAAGCUAGAAAUGAAUUUAUUAGAAAAUUAUAUAAAGAUGCUACGAAGUUAUAUGAAAGAAAAGAUAAUGAUUUAAAAUUGUAUGAAUAUGGUGUAAAAUUAAAUAAAGAUAAAAUGAAAUUUGAAAAAACAAGAUUAGAAAUGAGAUUAAAAAAGAAAGUACAACUGAUGCUUAAUACUUAG